GCCACACGAAGUCAGACAGACACACAAACACAGUUCCGAUAGAAAAAAAGAAAAACAGAGGAAAGAGAGAAGAAGGAGAGAGGAGAUAAGCAACAAUGGUUUCUUCACUUCUUAUGUCAUUUGCUCCAGCCACCGUCAGGGUUUACGCCACAGGCGCAAAGGGAGCUUCUGGCGCCGCAAAGGAGGAGAAGAAUCCCCUUGACUUUGUUCUUGGGUUUAUGACAAAGCAAGAUCAGUUCUACGAGACUGAUCCGAUUCUCAAGAAGGUGGAGGAGAAAGAAGCCGCCAGGAGCAGUGGUACCACCGGAGGCCGAGGAACCGUUCGCGGAGGUAAAAGCUCGGCUCCAACGCCUGUAGCCCCUAAGAAGAACGAAGGUGGAUUUGGUGGCUUAGGUGGUUUCUUCUCCAAAAAAUAAAAGAAACAAUGUAUAGUAAUUUGCAUCAUUUAUGCCUCUGUUUUUAUUCUCUAUAAUUCUUCGGAUUUCAAUUAUAUAUAAGCUACUCUUUCUUCGUCUUAUUUUGAUGAUCUA